CAUUGUGGGAAGGACAGGACUAGUCGGUGCUAAGUAGAGCUGACCCAAUGGAUCCCACCGUUAUCCGCAGGACUCAGGAGUCUCUGGGCAAGGUGAUCAAGAAACCGCCGCUCACCGACAAGCUGCUCGGAAAGCCUCCAUUUCGUUAUCUGCAUGACAUCCUGACCGAGGUGAUCAGAACCACUGGGUUUUUCAAGGGUUUGUACACUGAAUCAGAAUUGAAAUCUGAUAAUGUAAAGGAUAAGGAUGCCAAGAUUAGCUUCCUGCAGAAAGCCAUAGAUGUGGUGGUUCUUGUGACUGGGGAGCCUUUAGCUGUGAAGCCUGCUCGGAUUGUGGCUGGACAUGAACCUGAGAGAACCAAUGAACUGCUACAAGCAAUUGGCAAAUGUUGCUUGAAUAAAUUAUCCAGCGAUGAUGCAGUGAAAAGGAUUCUGACAGGGGAGAAACCAGAUCUUAAAGGAAAGCCUCCAGCAAGUUCCAAAUCUCAUGACAAAGAGAACAGAGAUGCCAAAGAUGAAGAGCAGAGAAUACAUAAGGAGGACCGAAAGGAGUCUGAAAUUAGAGAGAGAAGUGGAAGUAGGGAGAGAAAAGACAGAUCACGAAAAGAUGAAGAGCGGAAGCAUUCAGAGAGAGAGAGAGAACGCAAAACAGAGAAAGACCAAGACAGAACAUUGGAGGCAGAGAGAGACGGCUUACGUGAAGGGGAUAGAAAUGACAAAGAAAAAAGCAAAGUGAGGGAGUCUCGUUCUGAUUUAGAAAAAGAUGGCAGUAAAGAGAAAUCUGGGCGUGAGAAAGGAAGAGAGAGGAGGAGUGAAGGAGACCGGGGCAAGGAUCGAGAGAGGGAUAAGGUUAGAGAGAGAGACAAAGACAGAGAGAAGGACAGGGAUAAGGAUAGAGAGAGAGAUAAAGACAGAGAGAAGGAGAGGGAGAAGGGUCAAACUAGAGACAGGGAAAAAGGAAGGGAAAGAGAUCGGAACAGAGAAAGGGAUCAUGAAAGGGAAAAGAGAAGAGAACGAAUCCGUGAGGAGGAGAUGUCAAGAACAAAAAAUGAAGAACUACCUCCGGAACCAGAAAAGGCUGAACGAAAGCAGAAAUUAUCAGAAGAUUCUUCGAAGAAAGCUUCAGAAGUUUCCCUGAAAGAAAGCAAGACUGCAAGUCCAGGUGAUAAAGAGAAAAUUGCACGUCCUUCUGCUUCAAAACUUAGAGAGAGACGUCCAGCUAGACCUGGAGGAGAUUCUGGCAGUGAUCAAGAAUUUGGUGCUACAGAAAUCCCAACAUCAGAAAAUACAGACACUCCUGAUGGACUGUCCAAUAAAGUUUCACAGAGGCGAUUACCUCGUCCUGGAAGUGCACGGCCUGCUCCACCUAGAGUGAAGCGUCAAGGAAGCACAGAAACUCCUGUUCCGGAAAGAAUAAACAGUGGAAAGGCUACUUCAAGUGUAAUUUUGGAUAAGCAGAAAAGAGAAGAUGAUGACGAUGAGUUUGUAGUAGAAGAGGUAUCCCCUCAUGCUCCAGAUAUGCCUGAAAUGGAACUGGAGGCAGAUCUUAACCUGACAGGCAACGAGAAGCAUGGCAGUCUUGUCAAUAAAAUCUUGGAGACCAAGAAGGAUUAUGAGACACGGCCCGAUGCAGCAAAUAAUGAUAAGAUUUUGCUGUCAGAUGCUGGAAGAAAAAAGGAGAAAGACUUGGUGGUGAAGGAAAUUGAGAAGCUGCGUAGUUCCAUUCAGACAUUGUGUCGUAGUGCCCUACCAUUGGGUAAAAUCAUGGACUACAUUCAGGAGGAUAUGGACACUAUGCAGAAUGAGCUGCAGGUUUGGAGGAAAGAAAAUCGUCAACACGCAGAAGAGCUUCUCAGAGAGCAAAGUGUCACUGAUACAGCCGUUGAGCCUCUGAAAGCAAAGCUAGCGGAGCUUGAGCUACUGAUUAAAGAACAGGAGGAUAAAAUCUGCACGGUAAAAGGAAACCUCCUACGCAAUGAAGAAAAAAUAAAAAAGAUGGUUCAGAGCAUUGCUGUACCAUCCUAAGAAAGCACUGUUCCUCCCGCAAACUGUUAUUGAACUUGGUUCAGCUGGUGUGCAGCGUGUUUCACUUAUUCGUUGUUUCUCAAUCAGAACUGUAAAGUCAUGUGAUGAGUUCCUUCUAAAAAAAAGCAUUUUUUGUUUUCUAUUGCAACUACAGGAUCCCCAAUUCUUAAUGUUGUGUGCUGCGUUAAGUACGCAUUUCCCCCAGCGUAAUACAUUUGAGGAAAAACGUUUUUCACAACUUGCUCUUCUUUCUGCACAGUUGCUUCGUAUGCCUGUUUCUUUUCAUGGUCCUUAAACAAGUAACACUUAAGCACUUUCUCAACAAAAAGCCAUUUCUUAGGUACUGAAGACUUUAUUUUGAUUUUAGUUAAAUUUUGUGACCAUACCCCAUGAUAGUAACAACCUUUGUCCUUUUCUGUGCUGCAGGCAGGUACACCAUUAACUCAUAUAUUUUUUUGGAAAACAUACAGAGCCUUAGAAUAAUUCAUCCCUUAUUCAUACAAAACCUGUUCCCUUCGUUUGAUGAUCACCUAUAUUGCACAUGUGACAUCCCAAGAAUAAGACGUAGGCACUGUAGGUUUUGUAUGUUAUGUACAAAUUAUUUAUAUACAUGUAAAUCACAUGUUUGUGCGAGCAUUUUUGUAAAACUUGGAAUAUUAUAU